CUACUUGACUAUGAACCACGUGCGGCUGAUCAAGUGCCUCUUCUUAUAAGCAUGCAAGAAGAUGAGUUAGCGCUAAUAAAGGCGAUUGAAAGCGGCGAUACUGAUUUAGUAAUGCUUCAUCUCAAAAGAAAACUUCCACUUGCUGAAUUUUUCAGUAUUUAA